UCCACCCACAUGGUGAAGAGAAGCCCCCUUCCCAUUGGCUUGGCUUUUUUGCCCGGGUCAAAGGAAAACCCCAGGGCGUUCUGCACAUGCCCCGAAGCCCCUUGGACUGGGUGCCAAAAGGGGCAGGAGCCCUUGCGUUUGGCCACGCCGCUUGGCGGCAACGUAAUCGUUGGGCUGGGCAAUGCAAGGAGGCGGUGCGAGGCAGGAAGCACCUCGGAUGGAGGAGCAGCCCAUGGGGCCCGAGCCACACGAGGAGGAGGAAGAGGAAGAGGAAGCUGGGAUCGGGAAGCUGGCGCUCCGUUUCCAGCGGGGCUUCCUCGCCGCCCAGCGCCUUCCCCACUUCCCUUGGGCAGAUCUGGAAAAGACGCUGAAGACUUCAAAGGAUUCCUCGCUGCUGCUGACUAUAUUGCAGGAGACUGUUCUUCACCCUCUCUGCUUGAAGUACCCUCCGUCGGUCAAGUACAGAAGAUGCUUCUUAUCAGAGCUCAUUAAAAAGCAUGAAGCUACAGGGGCUGAACCGCUGGAUCAAAUCUACGAAUCCCUUGGUGAUGUCUUAAACGCCAAAGAAACUGCCCAGUUCUAUAAAAGCUACUUACUGCCCUCAGGAGAAGCCAUUACACUGGGUGAGAGCAUGGCCAUUAUUUCUCAGGGAACCACCGGCCUCGUGACGUGGGAUGCUGGCCUUUACCUGGCGGAGUGGGCACUGGAGAAUCCUGCCGUUUUCACUAACAGGAGUGUUUUGGAGCUAGGAAGUGGGAUAGGACUGACGGGGCUCGCCAUUUGCAAAGCCUGCCACCCGAGCAAGUACACGUUUAGCGAUCACCACCCCUGUGUUCUUCAGCAGCUUUUGGAAAAUAUCAAUUUGAAUGGUUUUGCCCCAGAUGUUUGCGGCUGCAGUCCGGCAAAAUGGGAUACUCAAAAGGCAGAGCUGGCAGGAUUCAAGGGACCCAAAGUCUCUGUAACAGAACUUGACUGGAGCCUGGUUACGAAAGAAGAGCUUGCGGGGCUGUCGUCCAAUGUCGUCAUUGCCGCUGAUGUGGUCUAUGAUCCAGAGCUCAUGCACGCCGUUAUCAGAGUUCUGCAGAAACUUCCCAGUGGUCCUGAUGGCAAAAAGGCCCCAGAAGUCUACAUCGCUUUUACAAUCCGAAAUCCAGAUACUUACCAUUGCUUCCAAACUGAACUCGAUAAAGUUGGAAUCAGAUGGCAAGCUGUUCCUUGCUCACAGAAGAACAUUUUCCCUUAUGACCCUCAUGCCAAGAUAACUCUCUUGAGGUUAUUUAUUUAAAAUUCAUGUUUCACUCUGAAUCAUUUCAGCAAGAUAAGCAGCUGCUGUAAUUCAUAUCUGUUAUCAUUACAAUAUGUAUUCCAUCAGCAUUGUGUACAUCUGUUGAAACUAAAGGGAACAACUUUACAACAUUGUUAACUCAUGCUGCCUCCUCCAUCGCAAAACAGCCUGAAAGGGAAGAAUGAUCCAUGGCAGGGGGUUCCUUGGCAUCACAACCUGCAGGAGGAGAUCCCUGUGGUAGGAAGGACAAUGGCUGGUGGUUGGACAGUUUAAAGAGCGAAUCUGUUGCAGAGACACCCCUUGGGAGGGCACAGUCUAGGAGGAAAUGAUGACGUGGAUAUGCUGAUGUGUCCCGGAUUAAGUGUCCAAUUCAUGUGAAACAAAAGGGUGCAAGACCCAAAAGACAAAGGUGAAGAUGGCAAACCAUCAAUGGCUUGGCUGCCUGUAUAGAGAAUUAAUGAAUUCAUAUUUGCUGAGCCCCCUCUUCCACAGGAGGGCACACUCUCAGCCUCCAGUUGAAUGAACAGACAUCCUGUGUUUAUCCUGGUUACAAAGAGGAUAUCUACCUGCACAUACACACACAAAAGUUUUGAUAUUUAUUUGGCUUGGGAAACAGCUGGAAGAGUCCUUGCUGUGAUUUCCCUUCCCAAGGGAUUGUACAAACUGAGGGCAUGGGAAGGUAGCUGCCCUCUAUAUACAUUUUGAUACAUUCACUUGAUACAGUUUAAACAUGUUAUACUUUUAGGAAUUGACACAGUACAUAAAAGAUACAAGUUACACAAAAAUCAUUGUUGAUACAUUUUAUUAAAAGGUUGGAUAUGAUAAGAGUGUUUAGGGUACAUCUGCUAGGUCAGUUUUGGAACGUCUAGUUGUCUGGACACUUCACAACUUUGGAGCCGUGGAAAAUGUUUUUAAAAUAAAGGAAAAAUCAUGUA